GAUGGGAUACCCCAGCUAUAAGCAUCUUGCACGAUGUGGUUUGACGUUUCUGACUCGCGUUUUCAAAACAAACACGUAUUUUGUACGAAACGCCGCGUACGCAAACAAUUUCUGCGGAGGAACAUUUAUGUGAAGAAUUGUGAGAAAAAGCAAACUAUCACUGCGUAGAAAGCAUGAUCCGGAAAGGUAAAACCCGUACGUGAUGGAAACGAAUACCGUGCAGACGGUCACGCUAACUAAUAGUAUCAUCGGUGUGGGCAUACUUUCUAUGCCCUUUUGCUUUCAACGGUGCGGAAUUGUGCUGUCAAUAGUGCUGCUACUGCUCAGCAGCUAUGUUACCCGUUUGGUGUGCAGCUAUAUGGUUAAAUCGGCCAUCAUUUCCAGAAGAAAAAACUUUGAACAAAUUGCAUUCUACGCUUUUGGUUCUGCCGGAAAAUUGCUCGUAGAGCUAUGCGUCGUUGGCUACCUGUUGGGCACGUGCAUCGCCUACUUCGUUGUCGUCGGUGACCUUGGUCCUCAGAUCACGGCCAAAAUCCUGUCCAUGCACGAAAGCGAUAGCCUUCGAACAUGGGUUAUGAUCGUGGUCACGAUCGUGUGCAUCAUUCCGUUAGGGAUGUUGCGAAAUGUGGACAGCCUGGCGUCGGUUUGUACGGCCUCGCUAGGGUUCUACCUUUGUCUAGUGUUGAAGGUUGUUUCGGAAUCGAGCGAAAAAUUUCAACACACCGGCUGGUUCGAGCGGCUGGACUUGUGGAACUGGAGUGGCAUAUUACAGUGCAUGCCUAUAUUUACCAUGGCGCUAUCCUGUCAGAUGCAAAUAUUUGAGGUGUACGCGACCAUGCCCACCACAUCGCUGGAUAAGAUGAGCCGAGUUAUCCGGCAGUCAACAAACAUCUGUACGAUGAUAUACGUAGCGAUCGGAUUCUUCGGGUAUGUCGCUUUCAAUGGGCACCGGUUCUCUGGGAACAUUCUCGUCGAUUUUACUCCAUCAUUUGCUAGUGAUAUUAUCAAGAUGGGAUUUGUGCUUUCGGUCGCGUUUAGUUUUCCGCUGGCGAUCUUUCCAUGCCGAGUAAGCCUUUACUCGCUGCUGUACAAGCGUGCCUCGGAUGGACACAUGUACAUUCCUGAAUCUAAAUUUCGACCACUCACGAUAGCGAUCGUGGUUGUGGCGCUCGUCUUCGGUUUGCUAAUACCAUCGAUCGAGGUGGUAAUUGGCCUGGUCGGUUCUACGAUUGGGGUUGCGAUAUGCUUGAUCAUACCGGCAGCGUGCUACAUGACGAUCUGCAAAACAAACAUAAGCGAAAAGCAGCUUGCCCAAGUGAUGAUUGCGUUCGGCUUUAUCAUAAUGGUGCUCGGAACGUACGCCAACUUGCACGCAAUCGAUCGUACACCGGAAAGAAAGUACGACCCCACUGUUCCACCGGCGGUGCUAGAAAAGCUCGUUGUGAAACCGGUGCCGAUAGUAUCGGAAAAAAGGGUAGACGAUCCCAAACCACCAAUUUUACCGGUAGAAUCCAUAACGGAGAAGGUCAAACCAAAGAUAGAACCACCAUACGACGCUGUACCGGCACCAGCAAAGCCAGCAAUUGUCGAUGGAGAAUUGAGGAAGGACACGCCUGAUGGAGAAGGAUCUAACAUCGUGCCACCGAACGCUGUUGAACCCUCGCCCAAAGACCCACAUGCAGUGAUCAAUAACGAGGCUAUACUAAAGGAAGAGCAUGAAAUAGCGGUGGAGGAAAAGGAGAAGAUAGUGAAGGAAAUUAGUGAGCUGAAAAAUGCGAAAAAAGUGCUCGAAGCCGAGGUGGAAAACAUCAAAGAAGAGCUGGUGAAGAAAAACAAAGAAACGGAACAGUUGGUGCUGAAGAAGCUAGAUGAGAUAGUGGAGAAAAUAGCCGAGCAGAAGUCUGGCAUGGGAUCGCGAGAAGAGGACCAGCCAGCGAAUGGGAAUGCUGCAGCAGAACGCAUCGUUCCGGAAGUGAUAGCUAACGGGAAGCAAGAUCCCGGACACAUACCAAACGAUCCGAUCGUGAAGCUGCUGAAAGCGGGUGGAAACAAUAAAUCGAUCCCGCAGGUAGGUGUGCAUAUUCCGGGUAUAAGUGUGGGAAACGGUACAGAGGAGCGUAACGGACCGUCACCCGAUGCGGAUCGUGUAGACGCGCUAGAAGGUGCAGGUGCAGGUGCAUUACCCGUUGAACGGACGCCUGACGGAGAUGGAGCAAAACAAGCCGAGAAGGAGGUUGAGAAGGAUGAAACGGAGAACGAAAAACGAGCUAUAAAACUACCAGCAGUUGUAGCGGUGGAAGGUACCAAUAAACAAGCGUCUGAAAAUCGGCCAAAUCUUCCGAAGUAUAAUGUGCCGCCGAAUGCAGAAUCUACCAAAAAUGCAAAGGGUAGUGAAGUAGAAGCGAAACUUAAUCCACCUGCAGACGGUGAUAAAGUCGAGGAGAAGAAUGUUCCGUUGCCUCCCUUGCCGGUGGAGGUACCGGCGGAAGUACCGGCCGAAGUUAGUCCUACCAAGAAAGUGGAACAAAAGCAGGAAAACAUUGCCGAUGAAGCGAUGGCAGGAAAACGGGAUUUGUUGGCAAUGCGCUUGAAGCGUGAAGCGAUUAAUCCGCACGAGCCGGAAAACUGUCCAAAACGGAGUGUCGCAUCCGCUGAAGUGGCUGGUGGGAAAGGAAAUAGUCCAUCCGAAAGCACGAAUGAACCGGCCAAGCUGGAGAAGGAUGGAUUUCGUUAAAAUUUAUGCAGACUGAAAGAUUACUGCUGCAGUGAUAGGAAAAGGGGCAAGGGGGGGCAGAACAAUGGACAAGGAAGUAAGGUGGUUUUUUGGAUUUUUUUUUACAGAUAAAUAGUUUAAUCUUGAAAGCCUGUCCGAGUAUUCGUGGGGUAAGAUACAGGAGGAGUGUGCAGCAAUGAUCGUUGUUAAGUCAUAUUCUUGAACGAGAUGUGAAAUAAACUUUAAUUGGUUUCAAUGAAAUCCUGUACAUGAA